AUGAAAUAAGUUUUAGAAGAAUAAUAAAGAUCUGAGUUUGAAGUUGAAGAAGUUCCACUUAGAAUCUGGGAAUAAGUUACUAAUCAGAUAAGAUAAGAGAUAGUGUCUUUACAAAAUCAAUUAUGGUAGAGCAACAUUGAUAAGGUUUUUUAAAAGGGUAAUGGAGUACCUAAGAUAUUGUAAAAAAAAUUAAGGAUGAUGAAGAUGGGUAAAUCCAACAGACAAUGCAGUAUUUGCUGUAAUAGUUUCGAAAAAGAUGAGACAAUAAUAUAACUUCCUUGCAAGCAUAUUUUCCAUAAAUCUUGCUUGUUUUCUUGGCUUGAUCAUAGUACAAAGUGUCCUAAUUGUCGAAGUGAUGUUUUGGAUUUAUUAAUGAGUUAAGAGAGAUGA